UCUCUGUCUGUCCCUGUUUCAGAUUAUAGAGAAGUUGGCUGUGGACCUAUGCCUCCUCUCUCCUCGUCCGAUAUGGCUGCCAGGAGACCGGUUAGCCCCAGCAUUGUGUGUGGACACCAGUCAGAAGAGAGUGGCCCCCACCUCCUAUCUUUAAGUCCCCCAUCUCUCUUGGCCAGCUACUGCUGUCACUAAGGAACUAGGCUACUCUCUGCAUAGUAGGAGUUUUUGCACCUCUCCUUCACAGGACGACACAGGAGCUCUACCUUUUGAAUUUGAGUCUUCUCUGUCUCACGCUCAUACUCUCCUGUCGCCUCCCUAUUUCUCUCUCCAUCUCUCGGGGGUUGUUCAUGUCGCACAGGGACCUUGCUUACAGGUCUGACACUUUUUCGUUGUUGCUUUAGAGUCAUUUUGUAUCAUCACUUCCCCUGUCUGAGAGGAUGAAGGAGCAGGAACAUUGGAGAAGAUGAUUCUUUGGGCUGGCCUGCUCCCCUGGGGUUAAGGAAAUUGUCAAUGGUCGCCACUCAAUGCCACAUAGAGCCUCAACUCAACGGGAGAAGUAGUGGAAGAAUACGUUUGGUUCACCACAACAUUUGAGUUCCAGUGCUGUCUUAGCCCGUGGAAGUAGCUGUGGAGUACCUGGGUCUGUGCAUCUGGGACAGAUAAUCAUGGGCAAUGCCGCUGGGAGCAUGGAUGUGCCACCGGGGAAGGAGGUGAAGACGGUGUCGGCCCCCCCAGGCUCAGGGCCCCCCCAGAAAAAGGCGGCAAGCCCCAAACUCCCCAUGCCUGCCGAGGAGGAGUUAGAGGAGCACUUCAAUGCAGUGCUGAACUCCAUGAAUCUGCCUCCAGACAAGGUGAAGAUCCUGUGUCAGUAUGACAACGAGAAGAAGUGGGAACUGGUCUGUGAUCAGGAACGAUUCCAAGUGAAGAAUCCUCCCUCUGCUUACUUGCUGAAGCUCAAAAGUUAUCUUGACCAGGGAGGGGUCAGUCGCAAGUUCAAGAGGCGUGUCCAGGAGUCCACACAGGUCUUAAGAGAGCUGGAGAUUUCCCUGAGGACCAAUCAUAUCGGCUGGGCUCAGGAGUUUCUCGGUGAGGAGAACAGAGGUCUGGACGUCCUGGUUGACUACCUGUCCUUCGCCCAAUGUGCCGUCACCUAUGACAUGGAAAGUUUGGACAAUGGGACUUCCACACCAGAAAAAUCGGUGGAGGACUUGACGAGGAGUGCCAGUAACUCUCCAACCCAUGGCGGUUCUAAAGCUGCUCGUGCCCUUACUGUGAGAUUCAACUCUCUCCACAACAGGAAAGCACUGAGGAAGUCCCGCCUUGUCAGUCAGAAAGACGACGUUCACCUCUGCAUCAUGUGUCUACGUGCCAUCAUGAACUACCAGUCUGGGUUUAACCUGGUGAUGACCCACCCAUGCUGUGUGAACGAGAUCACGCUCAGCCUCAACAACAGGAACCCCAGGACCAAGGCCCUGGUGCUGGAGCUGCUGGCUGCCGUGUGUCUAGUGAGGGGGGGUCAUGACAUCAUCCUCUCCGCCUUCGACAACUUCAAAGAGGUAUGUGGAGAGAAGAGCCGCUUUGAGAAGCUCAUGGAGUAUUUCUGCAAUGAAGAAAGCAACAUUGACUUUAUGGUGGCGUGCAUGCAGUUCAUCAACAUUGUGGUCCACUCAGUGGAGAACAUGAACUGUAGGGUCCAUCUGCAGUAUGAGUUUACCCACCAUGGCCUGGAUGACUAUCUAGAGAGGUUAAAGUUCACGGAGAGUGACCGGCUGCUGGUGCAGAUCCAGGCCUACCUGGACAACGUGUUUGAUGUGGGGGCUCUGCUGGAGGAUGCAGAGACCAAGAACGCCCUGUUGGAACACAUGGAGGAGCUGCAGGAGCACAAUGCACAGAUAAGCAGCAGACUGGAAGAGAGCGAGAGGGAGGCGUUGGAGAAAGUGUCUGAGCUGGAGAAGCAACUCAUCCAGACCACCAAAGAGGUGGAGCUCCUAAAGGAGAGUCUGCGUGAGUCCUGUGCCCAGGGGACCAUUCUACAACAGCGGGAGAUAGAGCGAGAGAUAGAACGAGAGAGGGAAAAAGAGCGGGCGAGGGAUAGAGAUCGUUCGGCCCAGGCCUUAGCGGAGCUGGAGGAGAAAGUUCAGGGGCUUGUGUGCCAGGGGCUAAUUCGAAUGGAGCGCACGUCCUCGGGACACCUGGACCUCCAUGUGGUCCCUGUCAUCCCUCCUGUUUCCAUCCCUGCAAAAACAGAUGUCGAGGGCCCUCCCACAUCAGUAGUCCCUCCCCCUCCUCCACAAUUACCUGGUACAACAGAGGCCACAGCACAAGCCCCUCCUCCUCCCCCCCCUCCUCCUCCUCCUCCUCCUCCUCCCCCUACAUGCUCGACUGCACCACCUCCUCCGCCCCCACCUCCUCCAGGGGGUGGUAUGCCCCCACCACCUCCGGGCGGUGGAAUGCCCCCACCAUUUGGGGGUAUGCCUGAUGGACACACUGGUAACAGAAACAAGAAGCCCAUUCAGACUAAGUACCGUAUGCCUUCACUCAACUGGCAGGCCCUUAAACCCAACCAGGUGUCUGGAACCGUCUUCAAUGAGCUGGAUGAUGAGCUCGUGCUGGGGGUGCUAAACAUGGACGCCUUUGAGGAGCAGUUUAAGACCAAGGCCCAGACUGCCCCGGCUGACGUGGGGCCCCUGAGAGCGAAGGUGGCCCAGAAGACCCCCAGCAAAGUGUCCCUACUGGAGCCCAACAGAGCCAAGAACCUCGCCAUCACCCUGCGCAAGGGAGGCAUGGCCGCCUCAGACAUCUGUACUUCCAUAGAGACGUAUAACCAGGAAGCUCUGAGCCUGGACUUCCUGGAGCUGCUGGAGCGUUUCAUCCCCUCAGAGUACGAAGUCAAGCUCAUCCAGAACUACGAGCGAGACGGGAGGCCCCUGGACGAGCUCCCCGAGGAGGACCGCUUUAUGGUACGCUUUGGCAAGAUCCCCCGCCUGCCCCAGCGAAUCAGUACACUCACCUUCAUGGGCAACUUCCCAGAGAGCAUCCAGCUCAUCCAGCCGCAACUCAAUGCAAUCAUCGCUGCCUCAAUGUCAAUCAAGUCCUCUAGCAAGCUGAAGAAGAUCCUUGAGAUCAUCCUAGCCUUUGGAAACUACAUGAACAGCAGCAAGAGAGGAGCAGCCUAUGGGUUCCGCCUGCAGAGUCUCGACUUGCUAUUAGACACCAAGUCCACAGACCGGAGACAGACUCUGCUUCACUUCAUAGUGAACAUCAUCCAGGAGAAAUACCCCGAGCUCCAAACCUUCCACAGUGAGCUGUACUUCUUGGACAAGGCUGCUCUGGUGUCCCUGGACAGCAUUCUGCAGGACGUGCGUGCCUUGGAGAGGGGCAUGGAGGUGACCCGGAAGGAGUUUGCCAUACACGAAGACAACUCUGUGUUGCAGGAGUUCCUCACCAGCAACAAUGACAUGCUGGACUCUGUAGUAGGAGAUGGCAAGACAGCCCAGGAUGUGUAUGAAUCAGCGGUGGAGUACUUUGGAGAGAACCCUAAAACCACACCUCCCUCCAUGUUCUUCCCCGUCUUUGUUAGGUUCAUCAAGGCCUAUAAGCAAGCAGAGCAGGAGAAUGAGCAGAGGAAAAAGCAGGAUGUGUUGUCCAGUGAAUGGAAAACUGGGCCACUGUCAACCUCGCCUAAGCCUGAAACAUCCCAGAAGCAGGUACCCAUGAUGCCCCAGAUGGAUCUGAUAGCGGAGCUGAAGAGGCGGCAGGUGACCCCCCUGGUUCGGGAGGGCAAGGAUGGAGCCAUCGAGGACAUCAUCACAGACCUGAGGAACCAGCCAUACAGACGGACAGACGGGUCCCGAGUCAGCGCCAAGUGGAAGCCCAGACAGAAGCUCCAAGUCUCCUCCGACAUCUUCCUGUGAAACACUACACACACACGCUUGCUUACACACACACGCUUGCUUACACACACACACACACACACACACACACACACACACACACACACACACACACACACACACACACACACACACACACACACACACACACACACACACACACACACACACACACACACACACACACACACACACACACACACACACACACACACACACACACACACUCCAUUCAAAGCAUCACCCUCAUUUAAAUUCAUUGACAUAGAGCGCACACAAACUUGAAAUAAGUCCCCUAGGCUUAGCCCAGCCUGGCAGGUGAUUGGUUCUACCUGUGGUUCUACCCACAGCAAACCUCCACCCUCUAAGUAGAGCUUUAGGAAUAUUAGACUGUGAGGUGCUGUCUCCUAAUACCUCUCUGAUCCACAACAAACACCUACAGUAAAUACACUAUAUUCCUCAUCAUAAACUGGGUGAUUCGAGCCCUGACUGCUGGCUGGCUGAAAGGCGUGGUAUAUCAGACCGUAUACGAUGGGAAUGGCAAAACAUUUAUUUGCACUGCUCUGAUUACGUUGGUAACCAGUUUCUAAUAUCAAUAAGGCACCUUGGGGGUUUGUGAUAUAUGGCCAAUAUACCACGGGCUAAGGGCUGUGUUCUAGCACUUUGUGUUGCGUCGUGCCAAUGAACAGCCCUUGGCCUUGGUAUAUUGGCCAUAUACCAUAACUCCGCAGGCUUUUACUGAAGUAAACACUUCCUAUUUCUACAUAAUGUUAGUGGAGUAAGGGCUUGGCCAUGGAUGGACUUUAUAGUUCAACGGAAUGAUUUAAACCCUCAUUCUCUACAAUCCUAAUUUGAGCUUUAAGGACCCGUGUAUGGGAGGUUCAGCACUGGGACAGUGUACAUUAAGUAACAAUCAGUGAAAGCUAGCAAGACUCUACAUUUGUCUUUCAUAGUGAAUAGUUUGUUCUAUUUGUGGUACUCAGAUGGCUGCAGAUUGUCAAAUCCCAAUAACUGCUGUAUCUGGUGUAAAGGCAUAUUGACCUGUCUGUCUGUCUGUCUGUCUGUCUGUCUGUCUGUCUGUCUGUCUGUCUUAGGACAAGUAGGAUUACGACAGCUCAGAACGAAGCUUAGAACAUGAUUUGUAUUAUAUUCAAAAUAUUUGAAUGGAUAACCCUCUCUUUGUUUCACUAUUUUGGGUUUGAACUAAUAAAUAUUUUAUACUGUGAUUGUCUGCUACUUUAUAACACCAGAAGUCAUGAAACAUGAAAUUGGUUUGGAGUUCAUCUCAGACCCUGAAUGAAUUUGAAUCAAAUCCUUUCUUGUAUAAGAGGUUCACUUUUAUUGUCACAAAAACACAACAGAGAGGUACAAAAGCAGCAGUCUUUGUUAAGUACCAUAGUUGAUCAUCUUCUCACAAAAAGCAGCAACAGUUCUUUCAGUAUGUAGAAUUGGCGUAGCAUUUGCACUGUUAGUUGGUCUUUAGCAUACCGUAUUGCUGUGUCAUUCUUCUUCAGCACUCAUAAACAACACUUAUCUCACACGCACAGCGAGAAUCACUCUCAGAAUAACGGAAGAGUAGUUGCUCUACGAUGUUUUCAGAUCUUUUUCUUAACAUCAACGUUGACAGUGACAUUUGUUUUGACUGACCCUGUUGCACAUGAUACAAAAUCUAUUAUCCUGUACAAUGUUUCAUCUAAUAUACACUUACAGUUAUACACAGAGGAGAGGUAUUGACAGAAGUAGCAGAACCUUUUGUUGACCCAGCGUGCAAAUUCCGGGAAUGUACAGUAUGUGCAUGCUGUUUGGAUUACGUUUCUCUCAACAACAACAACAACAACAACAAAAAGAAAUUCACAUAAAUCCAUAUAAGUAACAUCUUCUCGGUCUAUUUACAUGAUUUUUAACACCCACAGACUACUUUAAACGACCACACAUUCAUCGAGAAACCAUAUUGUACGUACGAUAUAGUUUACUUUUGAUUAGGAUAGAGGAAGACAGUUGUGGGUAGUCACCAGUGAGUACUUGUAAAGAGGGAUGAGGAAAUGUGCUCUGGGUCUCUCUAUUUCUUUCGUUCCCUCUAUCCGUGCAAGCUGAGUGUAGUGCUACUUUAAGUAGUUCACAACCCUUCAUCAUUGAUUUCUAUUGUUUCCCAAACAAGCCUCCCAAAGGUUUCAGAUUUUUCACAAUUGUCACUGCAUGUGUUCUUUGCAUCCUGCCAUGAACCAUAUUAGUCUAUGACAAGAAAUGAUACAAACUAUUUGCUCAAUGGCCUAAGUAAGUACUAAGGAACCAAAAUGAUGGCAAUAGAAAACAAAACACACACAAAUUCAUUUACAGAAUACAUUUCUAAAAUGUGGUUAUGAAUCCUCUUUUCAAGUAUAAAAAUACAGUCUUGAUAAUAUAAAACAUAGAUGAAGAUUGAAUUAUGUACAUGAUAUAAUCACUGCAAACAAUAACUAUUGGGUAGUAUACUAUUUUCUCACAAUACAGUAUAUCUCUGAUAUGAUUUAGAUUAUUCUGAGGUUAAUUGCGUGGUCUUUAUUUUCAUAUUAGCUCUUAUUUCUAUAUUUAAAAUGAAUAAUAUUAAUGUCUAGGAUUUACCAAGGGUGAUGUUUUAUCUCCAGUUAUGUAUAUUUUUUGUGCCAGUGGUAUAUAUUUGUGCACAGAGAGCUUCCAUGGCAAUAUUUUUACACUUUCCUCCAGCAGUUUCAGACAGCACAUAACCCUUCUGUGGGAUUAUCUGACUUGCAUUUAGUGGCAUGGUAAAAUAAAAAAAUAAAAAAA